AUGGAAUCUAUUUUAAAACAAGGAAUGCGUGUAUGCUGGUUUUUAAAAACAACAUCACCCAGCACACUACGACAUUUAAGCCAAAAAAUAGAGAAAGGAGGGCUAACAGCGCUUCAAGCGUCUGCAUAUGGCUGCCCAGUUAUGGGGAAUAUUCUCCGUUCUCUUGGAGCCCAGUCUUAUGUAUCAGGGACCUUUAUUAAUAAUGCAAAGAUGGACACACUUGAAAAUAUUCAUGCAAAAGCAGGAGUUUUUGAUACAUCUUCUGGUACAAGAACAAGAAUAGUAAUUCCUGCGAUCCGUACAGCAUCAUGUCAAAUACUAGGAAACCACAAGUUUGAUUAUGAAGAAUGGUGUUCUGAAGAGCUUAAUAAAAAACGUAAAGACAACUCGUAUCGUUACUUUAAUAAUAUCAAUCGGCUUGCAAAAGAAGCGCCAUUUGCACAUACAAAUCACUCUGAUAAACGGAUUGCUGUAUGGUGUUCAAACGAUUAUUUGAAUAUGAGUAGAAAUAAAGCAGUGAUUGAUUCUAUGCAUCGUGUACUUAACAUUUAUGGUGCAGGUGCAGGUGGGACACGGAAUAUUGCAGGAAAUAAUCAGCAUAUUGAGCGUCUAGAAGCAACUAUUGCAGAUCUUCAUGGAAAAGAGUCUUCUCUAGUUUUUAGCUCAUGUUAUGUUGCAAAUGAUGCUUGCAUUUCUACUCUUGGCAGUAAGAUGCCGAAUUGCAUUAUAUUUUCCGAUGCUUCUAACCAUGCAUCAAUAAUACAAGGUAUUUCUCAUUCUCGUGCUCAAAAAAUAAUUUUUAAACACAAUGAUCUUGAGGAUCUUGAAUCUAAACUUAAAUCUGUUCCUUUACAUGUACCAAAGAUUAUCUGCUUUGAGUCUAUAUAUUCUAUGUGUGGAUCAGUGGGGCCUAUCAAGGAAAUAUGUGAUCUUGCUAAGAGAUAUGGUGCUCUUACUUUCCUUGACGAGGUUCAUGCAGUUGGGAUGUAUGGGAAAUAUGGUGGAGGUGUUGCUGAACAUAUUGGCCAAAUGUCACGUGUUGAUAUUAUUACUGGAACAUUAGGCAAAGCUUAUGGAUGCGUUGGAGGAUACAUUGCAUCAUCUAAAAACAUUGUCGAUGCUGUCCGUUCUUUAGCACCAGGAUUUAUUUUUACAACAUCCUUACCUCCUCAUGUUGUGGAAGGUGCUCGUACUUCUAUUGAAUAUCAAAAAAAUACAUCUGAGGACCGUAUUCUUCAACAAAUUCACACUCGACAAAUUAAAAAAGCUCUUAAAGAUGCAGGACUGCCUUUACUUCCUAAUCCAAGUCAUAUUGUGCCUCUUAUGGUAGGCGAUGCUAAAAUCUGUAAAGAAAUAUCAGACGAAUUAUUGCAGAAAUACGAUAUAUAUAUACAGUCUAUUAAUUACCCUACCGUCCCUGUUAGCACAGAACGUUUGCGAAUUACUCCUACACCAGCACAUACUUCUCAAUUUCAAGAAAAACUUCUUUUUGCUUUGAAACAAAUUUGGAAGGAGCGUUCCUUAAGAAAAAUAGACGAAUGGGACAUGGAAGCUCUUGGCUCAUUUACAAAAGAACUAUGGACUGACGAAGAAUUGAAACUGUAUGACGUUAAUAAUAUAAUGAGCGAUGUCACGUUUCCAAGACUAAAAUAUCAACAAAUCAAUGUCUGA